AUGCGGCGUUCACCAGCCGCUGGUGUCAGCCGCUGGUGCCAGCCGCUGGUGUCAGCCGCUGGUGUCAGCCGCUGGUGCCAGCCGCUGGUGUCAGCCGCUGGUGCCAGCCGCUGGUGUCAGCCGCUGGUGCCAGCCGCUGGUGCCAGCCGCUGGUGUCAGCCGCUGGUGCCAGCCGCUGGUGCCAGCCGCUGGUGUCAGCCGCUGGUGUCAGCCGCUGGUGCCAGCCGGGUGCCAGCCGCUGGUGUCAGCCGCUGGUGCCAGCCGCUGGUGCCAGCCGCUGGUGUCAGCCGCUGGUGUCAGCCGCUGGUGCCAGCCGCUGGUGUCAGCCGCUGGUGUCAGCCGCUGGUGCCAGCCGCUGGUGCCAGCCGCUGGUGUCAGCCGCUGGUGUCAGCCGCUGGUGCCAGCCGCUGGUGCCAGCCGCUGCAGCCGCUGGUGCCAGCCGCUGGUGCCAGCCGCUGGUGCCAGCCGCUGUCAGCCGCUGUCAGCCGGUGUCAGCCGCUGGUGCCAGCCGUGUCAGCCGCUGGUGCCAGCCGCUGGUGUCAGCCGCUGGUGUCAGCCGCUGGUGCCAGCCGCUGGUGUCAGCCGCUGGUGCCAGCCGCUGGUGCCAGCCGCUGGUGUCAGCCGCUGGUGUCAGCCGCUGGUGCCAGCCGCUGGUGCCAGCCGCUGGUGCCAGCCGCUGGUGCCAGCCGCUGGUUCCCAUACUACCAACACCAUUAA